UGGCGACCCCGCAGAGGGUACCGAGGUUUGACUGCCGCACAGGAUGGCCCAUUUCUCCAGCGAGGAUGAGGUGAUGCUGCAGGCGAUGCUCCGGCAGCUGUUCCAGAGCGUGAAGGAGAAAAUCACCGGCGCUCCCUCCUUGGAGUGCGCAGAAGAGAUCCUCUUGAGGCUGGAGGAAACUGACGAAAAUUUCCACAACUAUGAAUUUGUGAAAUACCUUAGGCAGCACAUAUGUAACACGUUGGGGUCUAUGAUUGAAGAAGAAAUGGAAAAAUCCACAUCUGAUCAAAAUCAGGAUGAGGAACCUGGUUAUGACACCAUUGUACAGCAUGUUACCAAAAGAACCCAGGAAUCUAAAGAGUAUAAGGAAAUGAUGCACUCCCUGAAGAACAUCAUGAUGGUGGUGGUAGAGUCCAUGAUCAACAAGUUUGAAGAAGAUGAGACACGAAGUCAGGACAGGCAGAGGAGAAUGCAGAACGAGAAGAGUAGCAGCUGCUGCACGGACAAUUGCUCUGAUAGUGACUCCUCCUUCAACCAGAGUUACAAAUUUUGUCAAGGAAAACUACAACUGAUUUUGGAUCAGUUGGAUCCUGGACAACCUAAAGAGGUGAGAUACGAAGCAUUACAAACACUCUGCUCAGCUCCUCCAUCCGAUGUCCUGAACUGUGAAAACUGGACCAUUCUGUGUGAAAAGCUGACCACAUCUCUGUCAGAUCCAGAUCCUAUGUUCACGGACCGGAUAUUAAAGUUCUAUGCACAGACUUUUACACUCUCACCGUUACACAUGACCAAGGAAAUUUAUACAAGCUUAGCUAAAUACUUGGAGCUAUACUUUCUUUCUAGAGAAAAUCACAUUCUUACUCUUUCAACUGGAGCAGACAUAACCAGUUCUAAUGUGACCCGCUUACUGAAAAAGGUUCGUCUUCUGAAUGAGUAUCAGAAAGAGGUUCCAUCGUUUUGGAUUCGACACCCAGAGAAGUAUAUGGAGGAGAUUGUGGAGAGUACGUUGUCCUUGUUAUCAGUCAGACACGAUCAAAGCCACCUUGUCUCACAGAAGAUUUUGGAUCCCAUCUAUUUUUUUGCAUUAGUUGAUACUAAAGCUGUGUGGUUCAAAAAAUGGAUGCAUGCAUAUUACAGCAGAACUGCAGUACUAAGACUUCUUGAAAAGAAAUAUAAAUCAUUGAUAACUACAGCAGUUCAGCAGUGUGUUCAGUACUUGGAAUUGUGUGAGGCUAUGAAAGCUGAUGAAAUUUUAAGACAUUCAAAGCAUUGUGGAAACAAGCAAAAAAAAUUCUACUACUCAGGACAAGAAUUGCAAUAUAUUUAUUUCAUUCACUCACUGUGCCUUUUAGGAAGAUUGUUGAUCUAUAAACAAGGCAGAAAAUUAUUCCCCAUAAAGCUGAAGAAUAGAAAAGAUUCAAUGUCCCUCACAAAUCUGCUGGUUUUGUUCACUCAACUUAUCUAUUAUUCACCAAGUUGUCCAGAGAUGACAUCAGUUGCAUAUUCAGAGAAUUAUUCUCCUGCAAGUAUGGUGACUGAUGUUCUUCGGAUUCUCUGCGAUCAGAAAGAAUGUGCUGUUGAGUGCUUGUACAACAGCACUGUGACAGAGGCGCUUCUCCAGCCCAUUCAUAACUUGAUGAAAGGAACUGUGGCUGCUCCAGAGUGCUCUGAAACAGCCCUAAUUCACAUAGCUGAUAUUUUGGCAAGAAUCGCUUCUGUAGAGGAAGGACUGAUUUUAUUCCUUUAUGGAGAAAAUAUGAACUCUUCGGAAGAAGGAAGUCCUACAGGUGCUCACAUAAUAGCCAAGUUUUCAAAGAAACUUCUUGAUGAAGAUAUUUCAAUUUUUUCUGGAUCAGAAAUGUUGCCUGUAGUUAAAGGAGCAUUUAUUUCUGUGUGUCGUCAAAUAUAUGGUACAUGUGAAGGCUUACAGGUGUUGCUUCCUUAUGCUUUACACGAAUCUAUAGCAAGGGCAUGGAAGAAGACAAGUUUGCUGUCAGAAAGGAUCCCCACUCCAGUAGAGGGCUUGGAUUCGGGUUCCUCAGUGAGCCAGGAGUCCCGCAACAUUAUGGCUUGGGAAGACAAUUUGUUGGAUGAUUUACUCAAUUUUGCUGCCACCCCCAAAGGAUUGCUGCUUCUUCAGAGAACAGGUGCCAUCAAUGAAUGUGUGACGUUUAUGUUCAGCCAAUAUGCAAAAGAGCCACAGAUGAACAGGCAGAAGAAGUUUGGCUAUGAAGUUUUGGUUGUGCAGGUAGCCUCCACAGCAGCAGGGGCAGUAGCUCUACAGAAUUCAGGCUUCAUUAGUGCACUUAUAACUGAGCUAUGGUACAAUCUUGAAUGUGGAAGAGAUGAUGUCAGGGUAACUCAUCCUAGAGCGACUCCAGUGGAUCCUAUCGACCGAAGCUGUCAAAGGUCCUUCCUUGCACUGGUGAACCUGCUGUCCUAUCCUGCUGUGUAUGAGCUAACAGGCAAUCAAGAACUUCCUAAUAAGGCAGAGUAUUCUCUUCGUGAGGUUCCAACAAGUAUUAUCGAUAUAAUCGAUAGGCUUAUCAUUUUGAACUCUGAAGCUAAGAUUCGUUCUUUACUGAAUUAUGAACAAUCACACAUCUUUGGUCUAAGGAUACUAAGUGUGAUUUGCUGUGACCUGGAUGCUCUUCUCUUACUGGAGGUUCAGUAUCAACUAUCCAACCUGUUACUACAUGCUCAGGAAGAAAACACCUUUGAGACCUCUGAGAACCACAGGGACUUUAUAAUUGAUGCAUUAUCAGUAGAGAGAAAUCAUGUUCUUGUAAGGAUUAAUCUCAUUGGUGGGCCCUUAGAGCGGAAUUUGCCACCAAGAAUGCUUGAGAAGGGGGAUGACCCGUAUCCUUGGCCAAUGUUUUCUUCAUAUCCAUUGCCACACUGCUAUCUGUCAGAAAGUCCACAGAGUGCUGAUAUAAAACAAGACAGUGAUAUCGGAAAGUUGUUAUCAUGCUUCAGAAUGUCUGAUAAACAAACUGAAUGGAUAGAAAACUGCCGAAAACAGUUUUGUAAAACAAUGAAGUCCAAGCCAGAUGCACUCAGUGGAGGAGCUUUAGGUGAACUACUUGAAAAAUUUGUACUUCUUCUCACUGAAAACCCAUCUGAAUGCUACUUCCCUUCGGUGGAAUACACAGCUACUGAUGCAAAUGUGAAGAAUGAAACUCUCUCAGCUGUUCAGCAGCUUGGCAUUAAAAUGACUGUCAGGUAUGGCAAGUUUCUCAACUUGUUGAAAGAUGGUGCAGAAAAUGAUCUCGCCUUGGUCUUAAAGCACUGUGAGAAGUUUCUGAAACAACAGCAGUCAGCAGUCACUUCUUCUCUUCUGUGCUUGCAAGGAAACUACUCAGGCCAUGACUGGUUUGCGUCUUCUCUGUUCCUGAUAAUGCUGGGGGACAAUGAGAAGACAUUCCAGUUUCUUCAACACUUCUCCAGGCUUCUGACCUCUGCAUUCCUUUGGGUGCCAAGGCUCCAUAUUUCUAGGUACCUUCCUGUUGAUACGCUAGAAACUGGCAUCCAUCCCAUAUAUUUUUGCAGCACUCACUACAUUGAAAUGCUACUGAAGGCUGAGGUGCCGCUUGUGUUUUCAGCCUUCCACAUGUCUGGUUUUGCUCCAUCACAGAUUUGCCUACAGUGGAUAACUCAGUGUUUUUGGAAUUACUUAGAUUGGAUAGAAAUAUGCCAUUAUAUUGCUACUUGUAUUGUACUUGGUCCUGAUUAUCAAGUGUAUGUCUGCAUAGCUGUUCUCAAACACCUGCAGCGAGACAUUCUUCACCACACCCAGACUCAAGAUCUGCAAGUCUUUCUCAAAGAAGAAGCGCUGCGUGGGUUUCGAGUGAGCAACUAUUUUGAAUACAUGGAGACUUUGGAGCAAAACUACCGGCCAGUACUGCUGAGAGACAUGUGCGGUGUUAGAGCACAGAGCACAUAGAUCAUGAGAGGCACACUCGGAUUUUGCUCUAUUCAUUUGUACAGGAGAUGGGGCAACUUGAUUGUGUUCUGUCUGCAUCUGUUACGUGUUCCCGUGCACUGGGAAUCAAUACCGAGAGGUUUGGAACAGAAUAGAUUUGUGUUGCCAUUUGCUUGGUUUGCGAAAUGAAGUGAGUUCAUUUUGGCAAGUCCCUUGUUCUUUUAAAUUGUUAGGAUCAGUUUUAAAUUAUAGUUUUAAUUUUAUGUUUGACUUAUAAAAGGAUCAGAGACCUUAAUGUAAAACCUAAAAAACUGAAAUGACUAGUGGAAAACACUUGAAGAUACGAGCAGAUAGGCAAGGCCUUCUGAGUAAGAUCCCAAUAGCUCAGGAAAUAAAACGAGCACAGGUAGAUUGUACAACGUACUUGUAAAGUAAACAAAACGGAAGGUAGGGUAAAACCCCUAGCCAGUUAUUCACCCAGUAAGAGGCUAAUAUUUAGAACAUAUGUUGAAGUAAAUUGCAAAAUAAUAAUAAUAAAAAAGGUUGCAGUCAACAAAUGGCCAGAGAAGUGAGCAUACACUUCAGAUGAUGACUACAUGAAGAAAGGCUCACUGCCUGUGCCCAUUGGAAAUGCCCAUCGAAACUACUUAUCCUCAUCAACAUGACUAUCAUCAAGAAAACAAAUGCCAGUCAGCCCUGGUUAGGGGAGGAGGCUUAUAAGUUGGUAGCGGCAAUAUAAAUUCAUCUAGCUGCUACGGAAAUCAGUAUGGAGCUUCCUCAAAAAGCUAAAACUUAGCCAUACAACUUACAUGAUAUCAAUAAAUAAAUGUAUAUCAGAUUACAAUGGAGACCUCUGCACAUCUUUGUUUAUCGUGACACUAUUCACAAUAGCCAGGUUAUGGAAUCAACCAAGGUAUUCAUAGUUGUGUGUACACAACAGAGUUUUACUCAGCCGUAAAGAAGAAGGAACUUAAGCAUUUGCGGAAAACUGGGAUGAGAGAUUAUGUUAGGUGAUAAAAGCUAGUCCCCUAAAGACAGGAGUAUCACUUGUUUUAUCUCGAAUGUGGAAGUUGGGGGCCAAGGCCUGAAAAUAAAAGAAUGAGUAGCGUGAGAGGUCCAGAGAUUACAAGAAUGUGGUGUAGGUACACUGGCUUCUUAGGGGCCCAGACAUGGCUCAGUGCUUAAAGGCGCUUGCCUCCAAGGCUGAUAGCUUGAUUUCAACCCCUCACCCCAAGUGGUGGAAGAAGGGAACUGGCUGUGCUAUGACGUCCACACACUCAUUCUAGAUGUGCCUGGAGCUGUAAGGUAAAAUGUUUUUUAAUAAAAUAAAACAGUAAUGUGA